UUUUACUAAUUGGGUUGAAUCCAACGGACUGUUUUUCAAAAAAUUAUUCGAUGAGGUCGCUAUAAUAUCGUCAUCUAAAGUAAUAGUUGACCCAUUCUAAAGGAUUUUACAAAUUUAAGUGUAUUUGUUCCUAAUAAGAUUGUUUGAAACAAUUAAUUUCUUUCUUUUUGAAAAUAGACAUUGUGGAGUUGAUGAAGAAAGCAGAGACGAUAAAGGCGACCGGAGGGAAACGAUGCAGCAAAACGAGUAGCCAAUCAUCAAAAGUGAGAAAGAACGACGGAUCUCUGUUCGUCGGAGCAUUUUGCCAAUCCAACGUCGGCGAUGUCACGCCCAAUGUUCUUGGAGCCUUUUGCACCGAUUCCGGCAAGCCCUGCGAUUUCAAUCGCUCCUCUUGCCAUGGCAGUGAUCUUCUAUGCGUGGGUCGUGGGCCUGGGUAAGCUACGUACAAUCAUUUCUUUCUUUUGAAUCAAUGAAGGUUGUGCACGUCAAGUGUUUGUGAAAAUGCCACACAGGUUUCCAGAUGAAAUUCUAAGCACGAAGAUCAUUGGGGAGAGGCAGUUCUUGAAAGCGGUUGAUUUGUUCACAACAGCAACGGAGAGGCUAACUGGGGAGAUUGAUUUUCGCCAUGUGUAUCUGAAUUUCACGGAUAUUGAAGUGGAAUUGGGUGGGGAUAAUGUUGUCAAGACAUGUCCAGCUGCUCUUGGCCCUGGUUUUGCUGCCGGAACUACGGAUGGCCCUGGUGUGUUUGGCUUUCAACAGGGCGAUACUCAGAUCAAUAAGUUGUGGAAGAAGUUGCGAGAUUCAUUGAGGAAACCCAGUGAGUUUCAGGUUGGGUGUCAGAAGCCGAAGACGGUGUUGUUGGACACGGGCGAGAUGUUCGAACCUUAUGCUUGGGCGCCAGCAAUUCUUCCAAUUCAAAUUCUCAGGCUAGGAAAACUGAUCAUACUCUCAGUACCAGGAGAGUUCACAACAAUGGCGGGGCGUCGACUAAGGGAAGCAGUAAAGGAAACUCUGAUUAGCAAUGGAAAUGGAGAGUUUGAUGAUGAUACCCACGUUGUGAUUGCAGGGCUUACAAAUGCAUACUCCCAAUAUGUCGCUACUUUAGAAGAGUAUGAACAACAACGAUAUGAAGCUGCCUCAACUCUCUAUGGACCACACACUCUAUCAGCAUAUAUUCAAGAGUUCAAGAAACUAGCAAUAGCAAUAGCCAAAGGUGAAAAGAUUGCCAAGCCAAUCGUCUCACCGCCAGACCUUUCCUCCGUCCAACUCCGAUUCGUAUCAGACCCUUUCAUAGAAUCUCCACCGAACGGUGUCAACUUUGGAGACAUUCAACAAGACAUCAAAUUACCAAAAGUUGGUUGGUUCAAAAGAGGGAGCAAACAGAAACCAACUGCCAGAUUUUGGAGUGCAAACCCGAGAUUCGAUCUCUUGACCGAAGGGACCUAUGCUGUGGUUGAAAGGCUAGAGAAACGGCGGUGGACACCGGUUUAUGAUGACGAUGAUUUCUCCUUGGUUUUUAAAUGGGCAUUAGACAACAACACAUUCACCAAGAGCUUAGCGACUAUCGAAUGGGACAUCCCAAUAGACGCCAAUCCAGGUGUGUAUCGGUUACGACACUUCGGUUCAUCAAAGAGUGCAAUAAACUCAACCAACAUAUAUUUCACUGGGGCUUCUAGUGCAUUUGCAGUGUUCUAAAGAAACAUUAAGCUUUACCACAAAUGGAGUUUGGAAUAGUGUUAGUUUGGGGAGAAACAAGGCAGGAGAUUGCUUCAUUUGAUCAUCCAGAUCACACUCCUAAGGCAUUGGCCUUCACUUAGCAAAUUGAAAGCUUUGUUGAUGUCUUCAAAGCCAAUUUCAUGUGAGAUAAAUAAAUUCAGUUACAGUAUCUGUCAAGUUCACAUAUUCCAAAA